AUGGCAUCAAACGCCCCUGAUGCCCUCGCUGCUGCAGCAAAAUUCCAAUUCGCAACAUGGGCCGCCGGCGCUGUCCCAAUUGCUUUUGUUCUUCAUAUUCUUCUUUUUAGAGGCAAUAGCAGUGGUUCUGUGGGGUUGGGCAGUUUAUUCACCGUUUCCCUUGCGGCAGCAACGUUUCUUUGGCUGGGUGUGGUGUCUGAAAUCGUUCCUGAGCCGUAUCUUGAUGAAGUAUUUCAUAUUCCUCAGGCUCAAAAAUAUUGUGAAGGGAAAUUCUUAGAAUGGGACGAUAAAAUCACGACUCCUCCAGGGCUGUACUGGUUAUCAAUCUUGAUCCCACAAGCAGCAAAAAGCAGCGGCCUCAUCGCCUCUUACGCAUGUGAUCCCAAGACAUUAAGAGCCACCAAUGCAAUCGGCGUCAUCAUCCUGAGUUACAUCGCCUUGUUAUGUCGGAAAGAAAUCGAAGCACGUCUGCAUCAAGCGCAUUCAUCCGUCAGCAUCAAGGCUGUAUCUCAAUAUGCCAUGCACACAGCCUUUAACAUCGCAUUGUUCCCUCUACUCUUCUUCUUUUCGGGCCUUUACUACACGGACGUCAUUUCCACUGCUGUUGUCCUAGUGGCGUUCUUGAAUCAUUUGCACCGAGUUGGGCGGGAUCACAGCUCGUUCCUAAGCGACAUCGUCACCAUUGUCCUUGGAAUAUGGACUCUCACCAUGAGGCAGACAAAUGUUUUCUGGGUAGUUGUCUUCAUGGGAGGCCUAGAAGCUGUACAUUCCGUCAAGAGCUUGCGACCAAAGUCUGUCCUUCAGCCAUCUAUAACGACGUUAUCGGAGCAGUUGCUAUUCUCCAUCAAGAGGUGGUCAGUUGGACAUGUGCAUGACUUGCCACUCCACAUGGCAUAUCCCGAAGACAUGCUAUUCACCGCCGUGAGUCUCAUAAUAGCAGCUCUCUGCAACCCCAUCCGAGUCGCAAGACAAAUAUGGCCCUAUGUCACCGUCUUGGCUGCCUUUGCGGGAUUCGUCGUAUGGAACGGCGGCGUUGUCCUCGGUGACAAGUCUAACCACAUCGCUACCAUCCAUCUCCCACAGAUGCUCUACAUCUGGGCUUUUUUCGGCUUCUUCUCACUCCCUCUCUUCGUGCCAUAUGUAGUGUUGGGGCCGACCACAGAAACAUCAGACACCUCUUCGAACUCGACCUCUCAGCCCGCACCAUCACUCCCGCUGAAAUUCUUCAGUGCUAUUUUCAAUAGUCGUCUGCUCUGGUCACUAUACAUAAUCGCAACAUUCAUCUUGUCCACCCUCAUUGUCCGCUUCAACACCAUCAUUCAUCCAUUCACUCUCGCCGACAACCGCCACUACAUGUUUUACGUCUUCAGAUACACUAUCCGCCGCGCACCUUGGAUCCGCUACUUUCUCAUUCUGCCUUACACACUCAGCCGCUGGUUCGUCUGGGGCACUCUAUCUGGCUGCACGAACUGGAUCUCCGGUUCUUAUAAAGACGAUUGCUCGGCGUACUAUCAUUCAUCCCGCCCCUCACCUUUUAGCUGCGACCCAUUUAUGAAUGCAGAAACCACCCAUAAAACCACCAAGGGGGAAUCUCAAGACGUGCACGCACAGACACAGAAAGAACUGCAACAGCGAUUUCUUCAGGACCCUCUCCUAUUCUCAACAGAGCCUGUAUCAACAUCCACAGGACUCAUCUUUCUAAUAGCCACUGCCCUGUCGCUUAUCACAGCACCGCUUGUCGAGCCCCGCUACUUUAUUAUUCCCUGGGUCAUCUGGAGGCUCCUCGUCCCCGCUUGGCGGUUGCACGAUCACCAAACAGCGGCGAAUAGUUUGUUCGAUGGUGUCACUCCAACGACAACAUGGGGCAAGUUUGUGACUUUUUGUCGCUUUUACGAUGCGAGACUUAUUUUCGAGACGGUUUGGUUCAUUGUCAUCAAUCUCGUCACCGGAUACAUUUUCCUCACCAAGCCGUACAUUUGGAAGGCUGAGGAUGGAACGAUCCUUGACGAAGGAAGACUACAGCGAUUCAUGUGGUGA